AUGGGCCUAUUGAGCAUCAUCCGCGCACAAAAGCUCAAGGACCGCGAGCUUCGAGUGCUAGUGUUGGGGCUAGAUAAUGCUGGUAAGACCACGGUGGUGAAAUACUUGCUUAAUGAUCCGCUGGCGACGCUGCCGACGAUGGGGUUUGCCAUCGACACUUUGACUAGAGAGGAUAGUACCAUCCACUUUUGGGAUGUCGGAGGUCAAAAGAGUCUUCGUCCCUUCUGGGGUAACUACUUUGAACACACUGACGUGGUGGUGUGGGUCGUGGACGCAGCCUCAGUGGAAAGAGUACAGGAGCUGGCGCAAGAGUUGAAUGAGCUUCGCGAUACUAAGAGACUCGUGGGAGUGCGAGUGGUGGUAGUGGUAAAUAAAGUUGAUCUAUUGCCGCCACUGCAACGGGCAGAGGUGGUGCCUCGAGUGGAGGCUUUGUUUGGCGACGAUGUGACCACGGUGGUGGCUAGUGCUAAGACGGGGGAGAACCUUGAUCGCGUGUUAGAGGCAAUCCUCGAAGACCACUACAAUAUGAAUUAG